AUGAUUUGGCCGAACGAGAGACGAUGCCUUCCUGGUCGGACGUGCGGUCGUGCGCGGCUUAUGGUGGCGAGACCUGGACGGGUCGAUCGUGGGUUGUUGCCUCCCGGGUCGGUACGUGAGCUCGGCCGUGCACUAGGCGGACAGAUGAAGUGUCCGGACGCGGGUCGAUCGUGGGACGAUAGUUCCUCGGUCGGCCGAUACGCGCGGUUUGAACGCUUUUUCUCGGUUUAG